GAGGGAUGACAACAUAAGUAGCUGUAUAUAAGAGCUGGUGUCUCUUCUAUUCAGUGCUUCCAAGCUGAAGUGAAGGCGAGACAAAGGUAAUCAUCAUCUCAUCCAUUCCACCAUGAAGAUUCUGACUGUGUCUGCACUUGUUUGUGCCGUGAUGGCUCUGACUGCUGCUCUUCCACAGGCAUCACCACAGAGUGAUGAAACAGUCAAGAGUCACCUGGUCAAGAGGUCAACAUCCUGUACCGGUAGAUGGUCUGAGUUCAACGGUCGCUGUUUCCACUACGUUCCAAGACCCAUGACUUGGGCCAAAGCUGAGAGAAACUGUCUGUCCAUGGGUGGAAACCUUGCAUCUGUACACAGCAUUCAGGAGUACCAUGAGAUUCAGCGGCUGAUAAUGAGCGCCAGUUAUGAGCAUAAAAUAACUUGGAUCGGAGGCUCUGACGCACAAGAGGAGAAGCAGUGGUUCUGGAGCGAUGGUACACCUUUCAACUACAUGAACUGGUGUGCUGGAGAGCCUAAUAACCUGGGUGGCAGGCAGAGUUGCUUGCAAAUGAAUCAUGGAGCUGAAAAGUGCUGGGAUGACGUACAGUGCUCCUAUAAAAGACCAUUUGUCUGUGCCAAGAAAAUCUGAGGAUUCCUGUGCUGACACAGAGGCAUGAAGGCAUCUGUACCAUCAGUCUCACAUCGAGCUGACUUUUCUUUAUCUACCUUCAUAUCUUUAUCGCUGUAACGCUGUUUAAGGAACGAAG